AUGAGUAAUACAUUUGAUCAAGAUUUUUGUCCAGCAUGUGGAACAAUAUUACCUUUGCCUGAUGGUUCAUCAAUUAUUCAAUGUUUAUUAUGCAAAAAAACUCAAGAUAUAUCAGUAUUUCAUGGAACACAAUCAACUGUUCAUGUUAAUUUUCAUAAUGUUGAAGUUGAUAAAAAAACAUUGGAAAAUAAUGAAACUAUCGAAGGCACAUUAAUUCAACGAAAAUGUCCUCGUUGUGGACAUGAUGAAAUGUCAUUUACUACUAGACAAUUACGUUCAGCAGAUGAAGGACAAACUGUUUUCUAUUUAUGUCCAAAAUGUUCAUUUCAAGAAUUGGAAAAUUCUUAA